AUGGAGUACGAUACCAAGACACCACAGUACAACACCGGCGACAAGACCUCCUUCGCGUAUGUCUCUGCGCGGGAUCGGUGGCCGGUUAUCAUAACCGGCGGCAUUGACGAUGUCCACCGUGCUACUAGUGUGGCACAUGAUCUUGAGACACAGCGAGAGGGCAAGAAGAUCGUUGAGGGGCUUGCGAAGCUCAAGUACGAGUUGCAACAUGACCGCCACAUGAGCCCGAUGCCAGACGAUGGCGAGCCUGAUAUCGCCGGCUAUAACAAGGAGCUUAAGCAGCUAGGCAACCCUAAUUGGUUCAAUGUUCCGUGGCUGUAUUCCGAGUGCUACCUCUACCGACGCAUGAGCACGCUCUUCUCCCUAUCCUCGAAAUGGAAAAACUACGACAUCUUCGCCCGCCAGAAAAUGUCUACCUUCAGGUCCUCCCGCCCUGCAGUCCUCGAGCUCGCCGCACGCUACAAAGACCUCGUCACGCAGCUGGAAUCAGGCACAUCGGAAACGCAGUCGCCCGAAGAGCGGGAAGCGGCAGAAAAGCUGCUCUUUACAGAGAUGUGCGAGAUCUGCCUAUGGGGCAAUGCUACAGAUCUAUCCCUUCUUACGAAUCUAUCCUACGAGGACAUCCAGAAGCUGCAAGGCUCGGAAGCUCGCAAAGCGUCGGAGAAGAACAUCAUCGUAAACGACCUGGCGCAGGCAUUCGAGGUUCUCAACAAAGCGAAAAAGGCCGGAAAGAAGGAGCGGAGGGUCGACAUUAUCCUAGACAACGCCGGCUUCGAGCUCUUUGUCGACUUGAUCCUAGCUGGGUAUCUUCUCUCCGCCGAUUUAGCAACAGAAAUUGUGCUACACCCCAAAUCGAUCCCCUGGUUCGUUUCGGACGUGGUACCGAAAGACUUCGGCGACCUGCUUAAUGCACUAGCGAACCCGCAGACAUUUUACACGACGCCAUCGGACGACGACAAGCACGCGGGCAAGACUCCGGAACCGCUAUCGGACAAGGAGGCCGACGAGCUGAGUUUCUUGUUCCAGCGGUGGGCGGGCUUCCACGCAGAGGGCCAGCUUGCCAUCAGGCCGAACCGCUUCUGGACCGAGGGAGGCAGCUACUGGCGACUGCCGAAGACGGCGCCAGAGCUUUACGAAGAUCUCAAGGAGAGCGAGUUGGUCAUCUUCAAGGGUGACUUGAAUUACCGGAAAUUGACUGCUGAUGCAAUGUGGGAUCCCACGACCCCUUUCGCCGAGGCCAUAGGACCUCUUGGUGGGAAGUCCGGCAUCCGUACGCUCGCUUUGCGGACAAGUAAAGCGGAUGUCAUCGUCGGCUUGCCUGCAGGAAAAGACGAGGAGCUGAGGGCCACAGAAGGUGGCGGUGGAGAUAGCGGAUGUAGGAAGUGGACUUGGAGUGGCAAGUGGGCUGUUAUCCAGUUCUGGGACGGCAAGUGCUGA